AAUUUUCAAAAAUAACUUCUGAUUUAUUAGCUUGGAGAACAAUAAUUUUUAAGUGUAAGCUUUUUCUGUCUACCUGGCAACCCUAACUUGUUUUGUUUUGCUAUCUGGAUUUCAUUUUCGGCAGACUUGGAUUGCAUUGGCCGGUGCGUUGGGGCUUGGAUUGGGCAAAGUGCACUUUAAUGCAGUAUCGGGCCUGUGCAAGGUUCUUGCCCUCUAGCUGGGUAUUCGCACGCAACCUGUUAACUGUCGCCAGCAGCACCGCAUUCGUCACAAGCUGUUCGUCUUUCGCCGACACCAGACCUUUUGCCGGAAUCUCCGCUUCCAAGAUGAGCAGCAACGCCAAGACCUGUAAAUCGUCGUGCCCCGGAACACCAUACCAAGCAGGUAGCAGCUCAGUGGCAUAUGUGACCACCCCGGACCAGGAGUCGGCCAAGAAGCUAGCCCGCGGCAUCAUCGAGAGGAAACUGGCCGCUUGCGUCAACAUUGUGCCGCAGAUCGAGUCCAUAUACAUGUGGGAGGGCAAGGUCAACGAAGACAGCGAGUACCUGCUGAUGAUCAAGACGCGCACCCAGCAAGUCGACGAGUUGAGCAAGUACGUCCGGGAGAAUCAUCCGUACAGCGUUGCUGAGGUCAUCUCCUUGCCUAUCCAGAAUGGUAAUCCGCCAUACUUGAAGUGGAUCGAGCAGACAGUGCCGGAUAAGCCAGAGAAUAAAGACUAAUUUCACUUAAAAUGAAAAUAAAUGGUUAAAAUAUUUCAAAUGUAAAUUUCAUGUAUAUUUGCAAGCUUAAUUUUUGAGGCGCCAAAUUGCAGUGUUGCCAGAAGUCUAUGACAAUUUUAAGCUUUUGUAAACAAGAAAAUCUAAGCGAAAUUUUAUAUUUGUUUUGCGCUAUUCAAUACAAUUUAUACAAUCAUUCAUACUUUAGAACAGCAAUGAACUAUAAUAUAUAAAGAGUAUAAAAUAUAUUGUUGAAGUUA